AUGGAACAACUACUGACAGGCUUGUACAAAUGGUUUUGGUGGGAGAACAUUUGGCUCCCCCACAACUGCUCAUGGGCAAACUUAGAAGAUCGUAAUGGAGGUGUCUACCCAAAACCACGGCAGCUAUUUGCUAUAAUUCCAUAUGCAUUUGGGAUGCUGGUGAUCAGGUUCUUUGUUGAAAGAUAUAUCGCUGCUCCUCUGGCAGACUUUUUGGGUGUAAAGUCUGUGCAACGCAUCAAGCCCCAGCCUAAUCUCGUGCUGGAAAUUUUUUUCAAGAACUGCAAAAAAAAGCCAUCACAGGCAGAGAUACGCAGAUUAGCCAAAAAGUGCAAUUGGACUGUACACCUGGUGGAAAAAUGGUUCAGAAGACGACGAAAUCUAGAAAUCCCAACAUUGCACAAGAAAUUCCAGGAAGCUUGUUGGCGAUGUAUAUUUUUCAGUAUAUCAUUUGUUGCUGGAAUUAUAUUUCUCUAUGACAAACCCUGGUUUUAUGACAUCUGGCAGGUGUGGGUGGACUAUCCGUUUCAUCCCUUGCUACCAUCUCAGUACUGGUACUAUAUGCUUGAGAUGAGUUUCUACGUGUCGCUGCUAUUCACCCUCGGGAUCGACACCAAAAGGAAGGACUUUAAAGCCCAUGUGAUCCACCACUUUGCAGCUCUGGGCUUGAUGUUCUGCUCCUGGAGUGGCAAUUACGUCCGUGUUGGAACGCUGGUGUUGCUUGUGCAUGAUGUUGCAGAUAUUUGGCUGGAGGCCGCGAAGAUGUUCAAUUAUGCUUGCUGGGAAAACACCUGCAGUGCCCUCUUUAUCUUGUUCGCAGUUGUCUUCUUCAUCACACGACUCAUUCUCUUCCCCUUUUGGAUCCUAAGGGCCACGCUAUAUUAUUCUAUCUACUAUUCCGCUGUGCCAGUCAUAGCAUAUUUCCAGAUGAACGGGCAGCUCUUGGUCCUGCAAGCUCUGCAUCUCUACUGGGCCUACUUAAUUUUCAACCUUCUGAAGAAAUUCAUUUUCAUAAAGAAUUUGAAAGACAGCCGAAGUGCUGAUGAAGAGGAAGAUUCCUGUAGUGACGCCGAAGAGGAAUGUGUGAAGAACGGAAGCAAGAAUGGCAGUGGCAUGAGCAAGCCGCUUCUCAACAGAAACCAUUAGCCCGUGGCCAGCAAGACCUCGCUGUGGUUCCCCUUGCUGCACCCACCACCCAGCCUGCAAGAGAGAGCUCAGCUUCAACAUCUUACUUGGAGUCCAUGAUUAAUUUUAUUGCUGGUCACCAGAGCUGGAAGACAGCCCAGUUUUGAGAAAGAGUGAAAGUAAUGUGCUUAACUCAACAAAAUGUGUUUAAU